AUGGUUCAGGUCCCUCCAAUGGCUAUUUCAUUGCCAGAUCAUAUCGUGUGGGUGUUCGUACGCAGUCUCGUGUUUGAUGCUGUGCCUGGAAGGCAAUCAAAGUAUGCGCGUAGUGGGUUCGACCUCGGAAUGGGUGGACUUCCUGUGCCGGUAGUCAGCCCUAGAGGCUAUUAA